GUCCGUCAAUAAACCAUAGACUAUGCAAUAAACAAGAAAUCAGAAGCAGCAGCAGCUCCGGAUUGAAUUAGGCAUGAUUGUAUUGGCUACCGAUCAUACCGUAUACCGUGGUAUUUUUUCUCGGUGUACUUUUACUGGUUUAGCAUAUUUGCCACAGAUUUAAAAACACAAUACAGGUCUGAUUCAAUCAAUUGUAUGCAUGCAUCAAUCGCAAAUGCGUCACGUGAGGUCAUAGUAGCCAGAAAAAUGGCGAACGCUGAUUCCGAAAGUUUAGUCUCAAAGAAAGGUGCGAACUCAUCAAUUUGGCAGUGCUUUGGAUUCGUUGGAGAUGAGAAUGGUGACCCACUUGACACUGAUACUCCCAUCUGCAAACUGUGCAUGAAGAGCGUUGCAGCAAAAGGCGGGAACACUUCAAAUCUCCGAACUCACCUUAAAAACAACCACCCUCUCAAUGCCUCAAGACUACCGGUAUCUGCUGACCAGCCGAGGUUUCCGCGAACUACAGCAGUCACACAAACCACCGGCCCAUUUACUAGGAGUAGCAAGUGCGACAAAGACAGUCACAGAUGGAAUUUGUGCACAAGCGCGGUUACAAGAUUCCUCGUUAAGGAAAUGCUACCUUUCCGAACUGUGGAAAAACCGGCAUUCAGAGAUUUACUGAAAACUUUUAAUCCACAUUAUGAACCGCCUUGUAGAAAUUUCUUUGCCGACAAAGCAAUUCCUGAGUUAUACGACCAGAUUCGCCAGGAUGUGCUUUGCUUGUUGUCACAUGCGGAAUACUAUGCUCUCACCACCGAUAUGUGGUCGUCUGUUGGCAUGACCACCUACAUGUCCCUCACUGUUCAUUUUAUCACACGUGACUGGAAGCUUCAAACUAAGUGCCUGGAGACGUGUUUUUUUCCAUCAGAUCACACCGCCAGCAAUAUUUGCGCUUGGCUGCGCGAGGCAGUUUGUGAAUGGGGGCUGGAAGACAGCAGAAUCUCGGGGAUAACAAUUGACAACGCACCCAACCUAAUGGCUGCAGCAAAAGACCUUGGCUGGCCAUUGGUCACUUGUUUCGGGCGCAACGUUGAUCUCGCUGUUAAUCUAUCUAUCCAGGCCCAGAAACGGAGGACAGAUAGGGUGUUCGGUCUUUGCCGCUCUAUCGCCGGUGCGUUCUCGCACAGCUGGCGGCGAAAGCGUGCGCUGAUAAAAGCACAGGCAGAGCUGGGACUUCCACAACACAGCCUAAUCACAGACUGUGCUACUGGCUGGGGAAGCAAGCAAGAGAUGGUCGCUAGAAUAAUUGAACAGAAGCAGGCCAUACAAAAUGUUUUAGCGGACGACCCUAAAGCCUCUCUUACGUUGAGGCGGCAGGACACUGACAUGCUUACAGCUGUGAACGAGGCACUGAAACCGGUGGCGGAGUUCACAAGCGUCCUCUCAGGAGAGACCCACGUCACCAGCUCCUCUGUGAUCCCCAUGCUGAGCCUGAUACGAGAGGAUGUAAUGGCCCCGUCGGACGACGACGUCGCGCUGACAGCCGAAAUUAAGGCGGCGAUCGUGCGCAAGCUGGACGGGAAAUACGCCGACGAGGCCGCGCGUCUUCUGCUGCGUAAAUGCACCUGCGUGGAUCCCCGCUACGGCGGCACCUUUGAAGCGUCAGAUGAACUGAAGCAGGUGAUCGCGGGAGAGAUCGCCGCGCUUCGGAGAGGGAGACAAGUGGCCGUCAGGGUGAAGGAGGAGGAGGAGGAGGAGCAGGAGGAGGAGGACACGAGAGAGGGACAAGCAGCCGUCGCGGUGAAGGAGGAGAACAGGAGUGAGCGACAAGCGGGCAUCAGGGUGAAGGAGGAGCACAGGAUAGAAGCGGGGGGCGAGGACACAUCAGCGGAGCAGCCCCCUGCAAAAAAGAUGAGGACUCUGGGAAGUCUGCUGGGGAAAAGGACUACAGCUGCUGCUUCAAGUGUGGAUGAACUGGCGAAAGCAGAGAUUGGAGCGUAUUUAAUGGAGCCCGUGAUAGAGGGGGAUUCUGAUCCACUGCAGUGGUGGCAGCUCAAUGAACAUCGAUACCCAACGUUGUCACAACUCGCACGCAGAUAUCUGUGCAUUUGCGCGACAAGUACGGCCCCGGAGCGACUUUUCAGUCCGGCAGGGAACGUGGUCAUUUCGUCCCGUGCGCAGCUCACGCCGGAUAAGGUCAACAUGCUGGUCUUUUUGGACAGAAAUUUGGCAUAAGUGUUAAUUGAGUGAUCAUCUGUGAGUGAUCGUCUCCUUUGUCUGUGCUCUUCUCUCCCAUCAAAUCAGCUUUCGACUCCAGCAGACACUGCAGCCCUCCAGAAUUGCAGCCGCACACUAGCCGAUGCUCUCACACUCCACACUGUGCAUACAAUGCAGACCCAGGAGGGCAGUGCCUCCCUGAGGGGUGAAUGGGGAGAGAUACUAAACAUAUGCCAUACUUUGGUAUCUGGGUACCACCGGCGCUGAAGACCCAGGCAUACUAGCCAGCAGGAGAGGCGGCUAUCUUGCUCCUGCGUAUCGGAACACAAACAGAAGGGAGCGGAGCAGUCAGAUGGAAGUCCGGGUGCAGUGUAAAGAGACACAAAAGGGGAGGAUUAGGGAUGGGCAGCAAUGUAGUACAAAGGGGAUAGAAACUGGGCCGGCAACCAAAAAGGUUCAGGUUCGAACUUGGAUUCCUACGUAGGCGUACUGCCGUUGUACCCUUGAGCAAGGUACCUGAAUUGCGUCAGUAUAUAUCCAGCUGUAUAAAUAGACACUGUAAAAGAAGAUUUAAAAAAUAGUGAAGUUGUGUAACUCACUCUUGAUGACAGCAUCUGUUAAAUGGCAGUGAUGUAAUAUAAAAAUGUAAUGAAUGGAGGUGAAAAGAAGGCAUUGGGGCUGAAGGAGGGACAAUAAGAAUGAGAGAAUUGCAGUAUUCACUGUGAUAACUGCUUUUUAUAUAUGUCAGUCCUUCCUGACGUUGAGUUGUAAAUUAGUUUUUUUUUAUCAUUAAAUCAAUUUUGCAUAAGUA